AUGACUGGAUUGAUAAAAGCUAGACAUGAUUUCCUAAAAUUGAAGAAACAGAAAGUUUCAUUAAGCAGGCAAUUAAUGAUAGUGAUGCAACUCAAAUCAGGAAUAAUCAAGCAAAUAUUGAUU